UCCUUCUUUUGCUCCUAAAAUGUUCCCCCUUUUUUUUUAUUUUUCCCCCCAUUUUAGUUAGUAUUUAAAAGUGCAUUAAAUAAUUAGAAAAAUACAACAAAUCCACAGCUUCUCCUCCAAUUUUAGUUUUCACUUUGUUCAAGUUGGGGGCUAGGGUUAGGUUUUCAACGGUCAGGAUCUGCUCUCUUGUUUUGGAUUGGGAGCUUCGAUCCCAUUAGAAUUAGGGUUAGGGUUUUCUAGAGGGGAGAUGGAGAAGAAGAAGGUAGCGGUUCCUUUGGUGUGCCAUGGACAUUCGCGCCCAGUGGUGGAUUUGUUCUAUAGUCCAGUUACCCCUGACGGCUUCUUUCUCAUCAGCGCCAGUAAAGAUUCAAGUCCCAUGCUGAGGAAUGGAGAAACCGGAGAUUGGAUUGGGACGUUUGAAGGGCAUAAGGGUGCAGUCUGGAGUUGCUGUCUCGAUACUAAUGCCCUACGGGCUGCUUCGGGCUCGGCUGAUUUUUCAGCAAAAAUAUGGGAUGCCAUAACUGGAGACGAGUUGCAUUCAUUUGAACACAAGCAUAUUGUCCGUGCUUGUGCCUUUCCUGAGGAUACAAAGCUUUUGCUUACUGGUGGGAUUGAAAAACUAUUACGCAUAUUUGAUUUGAACCGUUUCGAUGCACCACCUCGAGAAAUUGAUAAAUCACCUGGUUCAGUCAGAACUGUGGCCUGGCUUCACAGUGACCAAACAAUUUUAAGUUCUUGUACCGAUAUGGGAGGAGUGAGGUUAUGGGACGUAAGAAGUGGAAAAAUUGUCCAAACUCUUGAGACAAAGUCACCUGUCACUAGUGCUGAAGUGAGUCAGGAUGGGCGGUACAUCACAACUGCUGAUGGUUCCACUGUUAAGUUUUGGGAUGCAAACCAUUUCGGGCUUAUCAAAAGCUACAACAUGCCAUGCACCGUAGAAUCAGCUUCACUCGAACCCACAUAUGGAAACAAGUUUGUUGCUGGAGGUGAAGACAUGUGGGUUCACAUUUUUGAUUUCCACACAGGCGAAGAAAUUGGAUGCAACAAAGGUCACCACGGUCCUGUUCACUGUGUACGCUUUUCUCCCGGAGGCGAAUCUUAUGCAUCAGGCUCCGAGGAUGGAACCAUCAGAAUGUGGCAGACAGGUCCAGCCACAACCGGUGAGAACGAAGCUAAUUUCAGUGCCAACGGGCCAACGGAUAAGGUAAAAAUCGGUGUAAAUGAUGCUGCUCACAAAAUCGAGGGUUUCCACAUCUCAAAGGAAGGGCAUAUCGAAGAUAACAAGGGGGAAAUAACAAAAGAUUCUUGAUUUUGUUCGUGACCGCUAUUUCACGAAAUAGCAGAAACGCGUGCGCUUUGUUACAGAUGUUCACUUUUGGUUUAGAAAUAAAUAGGUUAAAAUUUUGUGUUUCGUCUUUCAAUAGAUCAGGGAGUUACAUGUGUGGGUGUUUGUAGAGGGAACGGGUAUUCGUUCUUCGUAUGCAGGAGAUUUGUAAUGUCAUCCGAGUUAGAACUGCUUGUUUACUGCCCUUGAUUUUCUGCAGAGGCGUGGUAGCAACAACUAUAGCUGAUAUUUUUGUGAUGAACAUGAGUAUACAUUGGGUUGGGGUGUUGCCCUGAGUAAAUUUAAGUGCUUACUCUAAACGUAUGGUUUUCA